AUGGCGGACCGGCGGCGACGGAGGAGGCGCGCGUCCCAGGACAGCGAGGACGACGACGGGUCCGGUUCGGGUUCGGACAGCGGGAGGUCGGCCUCCCCGACCACCAAGAGCCGGGCGAAAGAGCCCGAGCCAGCGGAGGUCCCGGUGGUUCGACCCGAGGCCAAGAACAACGUGGAGUCUGAAUGUGAGAGUGAAGAUGGAGUGGGAGAAGCUGUCCUGUCCGACUACGAAAGUGCAGAUCCUGAGGACAACGGCUCCCACUCAGAGGGAGUGGAGGAGGAAGAGGAGGCCGAGAGCGACGAAGAAGCCCCAGCAGCAGCCAGCGAGUCAGAGCCUCCGGCGCCCAGCGACCCAGCACCGGGAGAGGAGGGGGAGCAGGUAGAAGACAAUGAGGAGCAGCAGCAGGAGGAGGAGGAGGAGGAGGAGGAGGAACAACAACAACAGCAGCAGCAGCAACAGCAGCAGGAGGAGGAGGAGGAGCAGCAGGAGGAAGAGCCAGAGAGGGAGGACGGGGGUGAGAGGACGGAGGAGAGCAAAGCUGAGGAGAAGGAAAACCUCAGCGGAGAGAGACAGAGCGGCGACGGACAGGAAUCCACAGACGACCCAGAAACGAAGGUGGGGGGGACACCGGGUCAAAAGCUUGACGAUGACGAGGACAGAAAAAACCCGGCGUACAUCCCCAGGAAGGGUUUGUUCUUCGAGCACGAUGUCCGAGGUCACGCUCAGGAGGAGGAGAGACCUAAAGGUCGGAAAGGGAGGCUGUGGAAAGACGAGGGUCGCUGGGAGCACGACAAGUUCAGGGAAGAAGAACAGGCGCCCAAGAGCCGCGAGGAGCUCAUCGCCAUCUAUGGUUAUGACAUCAGAAACGGCGGCGGCCCAGGAGACCGGUCGUACAGACAGCGCCGGCCAAGACAGAGUGUGUCCCCCAGCAGAGACAAACGGUGGAAGGAGGGGGGGGGGGAGCGAGCAGUCCGAUCCUGGCAAGGAGGAGGUGGAGGUCAGAACAGAGUUCCUCCACCUUCAUCCAUCCACACCUCCACAUCAUCUUCCUCCAUCCCUCUCUCCUCUGCUCAGCGCAGCAACAACCCCUCCCGACCGCCACCCCCCCGCAGCAGACCAUCGUACCAGAGUCAGAUGCACCUCCCACCUCAAUCCCACUACAGGAAUGAUGAAUCAAACGCACCCCAGAUGCAUCGAGAGAGACAGGGCCCGACAGCUCAGUCGGAGCGUGCAGGCGACAGGGGUGUGGUCAGCAGAGGAGGGCGUGGUGGUGGAGGAAGGGGCGGUCCCUACCUGGUCAUGAGAACAGUGGGCAGCCAACCGGGUGUUGAGGAGAAGGACCUGAGCUCCAGCGCUGUGAAGCCUUUUCAGUCUGCUUCACCCAGACGACAGCAGAAGGAACAACGAGGCGGUGCCGACCGCUCUGUGUCUGGAUCGGCUGCCUCCACCUCUGACCCCCCCCUUCAGUCCUCAUCAGUGGCCAAUAGGGAAGCCUCUCCUCCCACAGAGCGGCCGGUGGAGCGUAAAUCUUACGCGCUGGCUCGCAGGACUCGCUCUCGUCCCACAGACCUGGGAAGCAAACAGCCGUCGGUGGACGAGACGACAGUGAGCGGGAACGCCUCGUCCCUCAGCGCGGGAGGGAGGAGCUGGACGGGAGACACACCGGGUCAGACAGGAAGUGGAGGGGGAGGGGGAGGGGAGCUGGCCGAGCUGGACGCAGACGUGGCUCGGCUCAGUCUGGCCGGACAGAGCUGGAACCAGAGUCCCACGUCCUACAUCCGCUCUGAGAUGAGAGGCCUCCCCAGCCCCCUGCACAUCCCCGGGCCCCCCCCCCAGUUCUCCAGCAUGGAGGAGAUGGGCGUCGCCACUAAUCGGGCCAAACGCUACUCCUCCCAACGCCAGAGGGCUGUACCUGAGCCGGCUCCGCCCAUGCACCUGGGAGUGAUGGACGGACACUACUACGAACCCAUGUCGUACCAGGGACCGAUCUAUGCUCAUGGGGAUGGCCCCCCCCCCAUCCCACCACAAGGCAUGCUGGUGCAGCCUGAGAUGCACCUCCCCCACCCUGGUCUCCACCCACACCAAUCAGGUGCCCCGAUCGCUAACCCCGCCCUCUACGCCGGCCCACCUGUGUCUCUGUCACCAGGGCAACCGCAGCAACUCCUGCCCCCUCCUUUCUACCCUCCACCAGGGGUCAUGACCUUCCCUUACCCCGCCAUGUACCCCACCCCACAGGCUCAGGCCCAGGUGACCUAUGGAGGUGUGACGUACUACGACACGAUGCAGCAGCAGGCUCAGCCCAAGCCUUCGCCCCCCCGCCGCACGUCCCAGCCCGUCACUGUCAAGCCCCCCCCACCAGAGGUGCCCUUUGCCUCAGAGUGACCCCGCCCCUCGUCCCCCCCGCCACCCGUCUCAGCCUCACUCUGAACUGAAAACCACAGGUGAGCACGUCUUCACUGGUGUCCUGCGCUGAGACUGGGGGGGGGGGGGUCAUGGUGGCUUAACUGGUGGUGACCUCUGUUAUGUCUG